UGAACUCCUUCUGUGCCUUUUCCCGUAUAAAAGGCUAACGUCCAGCUCGCUUUAAUCUCACAGAAAACAAAGCACUGAUCGCGCACUAGAGAGACAGAGAGCUACAAGAAUUUGAAUCGCAGUUUGCUGGGUUGGUGGACCGAUUUCGCGCCGAUAACCGAGUCAUUCGGAUUGGGUGGAACUGUUUUGGUGGAGCUCUUGCGUUUUCUAUUCUUUCCGUCGAGGAAAGAGACGUCUUGUGUUCGCUUUUUGUUAUAAACUGCCAGAACCCGUGGUAGUUUACUGAGCAAGGGAUUACAACUUUUUCCCAGUGCUUGAAAGUGAUUCUACCUUUAACAAGCUGGGGAAAAUGAUGCCUGUGCACAGAUGCAUGGACUCGUACCCCUACCAGAAUACCCAAAUGCCUUUGAGUCAGUAUUAUCAUCCAGGCUUCGAAGCGGUUCCACCUCAUAUGAAGAUUGAUCCAACCAAGCCUCAUCUUGCAUAUGAAUCUUGGCCUUGUGGUGGCAACUAUAAUUACCCAAUGCCAUGGAAUUCCUGCUGCAAUCAUAACAGCUUCCCUGGUUAUUAUAGUUGCAGACCUCCUUAUCCACAUAUUCCACCAUUGUCACCAAUGCAUUGUUGUGGGGGUCAUCCUGCAUAUCAUGAAGCCUACCCUGUUUAUGACGUACCUCCUCCGCGCUACUCGGUGGAUCUGCCUAGAUACGAGUAUGAAAAGAAUAUGCCCAGAAACUAUCAUUGCUGUGGUUGUCCUAAUCACGCUCACAACCAGGAGGAAGAUAAAGGUUUGAAGAUCGAGGAGCAGGAGCCAGAUGUUGGAAGGAAAGGAAGUAAUCCUCUGGUUCCUGUUCACAUGAAAAAUUAUCCAUAUCCAAUUGUGUGGAAUCCGCCAGAGUACAUGAAAAACAAAGAAGAUAAAGAACCAUUUGAAUCAAAGGCUGCAGAGCCUGAUAAGGUUCAGUGUGCAACGAAGCCUCCUGAGAGCUUGAAAUCUAAUGAACGGGAGCCAAAAGUCUGGAAUGGAUGGUUCCCUUUUGACAUGAACAGACAUGAUUCUUUGAUGCAGGGUGGAGAUGGGAAGAGAGCUCAGAAUCAGCAAAAUGAGGACAAGAUGAGGCAAUUCCCAUUUCCCAUUAUCUGGGUGCCAUACCAUGAUAAGCAGGAGGAAGCUGGAAAGGAGGACAAGAAGGAGAUGGAUCCUGAGCCAGAAUCUGCCAAAGAGCCACCUUGUAUUUAUAACUUCGUCCCAGUAAAUCCUUCUCAAAGUGAUGAUUUCACAAAUUCACCUAAAGCAAAUGAAAAGAAGUUUGAGAGCCAGGGAGGUUCACCGACAGAGGAAAAAACUGCUAAUCAGAAAAACAUUCUAGUGGAAGAAAAAACUACUAAUCAGAAAACCAUUCCAGUGAAGCAAAUGGAAUCGCAUGAGGAGGAAAGUUCUGAGGACACUCAGAGCAGAGGAAGAAGUGUCAAUACAAUGAACAAGGCUUCUGGUACCAGCAGUAAAAGGCAAUACUCAUCCCCACCAAAGACACCCAAGUUAUCUCCUGUUUGUUUGAGACUUGAUCCUUUGCCAAGGAAGAAAAAUGGGAAUGGCAGUUCACGAUCUUCUAGUCCUCCUUAUCCCAAAGGGCAUUCACAUGAGACUUCAAACAGCAGCAAGGAGGUGGAGACAUACGAAAUGGAGAAGGUUAUCGAGGUCCUGGAAAGGAAAACCAGUGAAGACAAGGAUUGGGAGGCAAGUCUCAAACUCAGGUUCCAGUUAACUUGCCAAUUGAUUCUCAAGACGAGGUAUCAGGGAAACGAACUGUAGAAAACUGGAAAAGAUGGUGAAGAAUGUAAGAUUCAAGAGGAUAAAGGAGCAAGAAAGGCAGGAGAUAUGACAACUGAGGAACCAAAUGAAGCAAGGAAAGUGAAAGAUUCAGCUAAGUUAGCUGGAAAUGAAGGUAAACUUGAGAAAAAGACCCUGCCAGAUGAAGAAGCUGCCAUGUGUAUUCAGUCUGCCUAUCGUGGUUAUGAGGUGAGGAAAUGGGAACCAUUGAAGAAACUGAAGCAAAUAGCUGAAGUUCGUCAGCAGAUGCUUGAUGUUCAGAAUCAUAUUCAGAUUCUAGAGUCGUCUUCUGAUCUCCAAAGAGACGACAAGCAAAUUGCAGUAAUUGGAGAAACCAUAAUGAGGCUUCUGCUAAAACUGGAUACAAUUCAGGGCUUGCACCCAAGCGUUAGGGAUAGUAGAAAAUCCUUGGCGAAGGAGCUUGUAACCCUACAGGGGAAGCUGGAUUCGCUAAUGAUUAAGUCAUCUGAAGAAGCUAUCGAGGAGGCGUCCCCUUCUGAACAUAUGGAGCGGCAUCCUGUUGAGACUCCCAAUGGUUCUUACAUACAAGAGGAGCGGAAAAAGGCAGCAGCAGGACCUGGAGAAACCACUUCUGAUAAAAACUGCAGUAGUAAUCACGAAUUGAUGGAGUCACAUGAAAGUUUGCUUCUUGACAUGACAACCACUUUGUCCAGCUCCCAAAGGGAGAAUAAUUUGGGGUCUACAUUUGCCAACAAGGAGGGGAAUGAGAAAUCUGAAGUUGAAAAUAGCAGACUACUAGUGGCAAGUGGGAUCAUACGCAAAGAGGCUGAGCUUGAUAUUAGUCAAAUAGAGCUGAAAGAUAUAGAGAAGGGGAAUACCGAAUUUUCGGAGCUUGAACAAUCCCCUGAACUUCCUUUGGUUAGAGAAGACAACAUUAAAUCUGAGAUAUGGACUACGGGAACAUCAUCUGAUGUUGAUGGUCCCUUACAUAGUAUCCCUGUACAGGAGAUGGAAGAGUUGCUGCACAGUGCAACUGAUGAGAAGCCUACUAUUUUUGAGUCUGAGAAGGACGAACAUGUCAGAUUGGUAAAUAAUGAAGUCCAAGAGAGUGGAGUCGAAUCCAAUGUGUCUACUUAUGUCACUUUGUCAGCCAAAGUUGAUGAUCUGAUGACAACUAGCGAAGAACCAGAGGUUGAUCAGUUAGAAGAAUUACCACUGGGAGUAAUUGACGAAGGCCCUGCAGUUUCCGAGUUCAAGAAGCAUGAACAAGUUGAAAUUGAUGGAGGGAGGAAAUGUGAUGUGGAACUUAAUGUGACUUCCCCAGAUGAUGAAACUCAAGUUGUAAGUCAAAUUGAGCAACAGGCACUGGAAGUCCCUCAGGAGGAGCAGAUUAUUGCUGAAUCUCCAGAUUGGAUAAAGGCUGGCUAUCAGAAAGUUGAGGAACUACCCAAAGAUACAACUCUUGAAAUAGCAGUGGAGCCACCAUCAAAGCUUUCAGUUGUCUGUGAGUCAGCAGAACCCCAGCCUAUCAUCUCAGUAGUUGGGGCAGAAGGCCGCGGGGAAGUGCCUGGAGAUAUAUUCGAGGGAGUAGAUGAUGUUAACUAUACUUGCUCCCCUGUACCGGCAGUUACAGGGGUGACUACAGAGACAAAAGUGCCAAAUUGCGAAAAUAAAGAAGAUCAUGAUGAGCAGCCUGUGGCAAUCAGAGAGGAGAAUAAAGCGGCGCAAGAGGCAGGAGAAGAAAGCCAGGAUGAAGUUGAGAUUGACCACACUAAUGGAUCUGAAACUGUCAAGGAGGAGGCUCCAAUGCAUGUGGAGAAGGUUGACGUGGAAGGAGAGGCAUUACCUAUGUCACCGACUGCCAGCAAGCUAUGUGUUGAUGAACACGACUUAGGUUUGGAAAGUGAUAAAAGGCUUGUUGAAGAGAAUGAGAAACUGAAGGAGAUGAUGGAGAGGUUGAUGGAAGCAGGGAAAGAGCAGUUGACUGUUAUAUCCAACCUGAAUGCAAGAGUGAAAGACUUGGAGAAAAAGUUGUCUAGGAAGAAAAAACUGGGGACAAGACAUUAUGGACAAGCCACAUCUAGAUCUUCUUGUGUCAAACCGUUAAAUAAGCCCCUGAAGGAGAGGGCUGUUGGUGUUACAAUGUAAGCAGGUUACUGGCUAAAUACCUCUUAUUCUCAGAAAAAGUUGCAACUAUAUCCAGUUAUGCAAGGUUGAGUUACAUUGUAUGUAUCCUAAACCUGUCAUGUUUUUAUAUUUGUUAGUGGUGUAUCAUAAGUUCUCAUCAUAAUUUGUUGGCUUUAUGAUAUUUAUAUAACGUGUCAUGUGUUUAUA